CCGAACUACUUUUAUAAGCUUUACAAUAGGGUAUGUAAACCACACGGAUACUAAUUUUAUAAUGUUGUUAAAGGCUUAAAGUUUCGAAGAGUGAGAUUCGUUAUUUGUUUCCAUCUUAUAUUCUUCAAAUUUGAGCAUCUUAAUCUGUUUUGUGAUUUUAAUAAUAGAUUUCAAGUCCCUAAGAAAUCAGUUCAGUAGACUUUCUAAUCCACUGUAUUCAUAUCAUGUGUGUUCAUGGAUUUUACUAGAUAAUUAACCUUCGUUAUUGCGAAUUGUUAUGAAGAUGGAAAUAAACGUUUUAUGUAGCCAUUAAUUCAGACAUUCAUAAUUGUUUUACAAUGGGCACUCAAAAGAUGGAAUUCUCCUCAAUAAACCAUUGUUAUUCUUUAUGCUUCUAAUAACACAAGUAAAGAUUAUGUUAUUACAUCAGGUAAGUGCAACAACAAUUUACCUCCUUUUUUUCAAUCUAUCCAAUUUUCUUGUUAUUUGAUUGAUUCAAACACCCCUUUUUCCAUUUUUAAUUUUUCCUUUUUUUUGUUUGGGUAUAGUGGAAAGCUACUAGCAUGUUCAGUGAAUGAAGAGAAAUUGAAGGAUGUUGAAAAGUCUGAAGAAGCAAAAAAAAUAAAAAUAAAAAUAAAAAUACAGAAGAUACUUUGGAGAUAUAAAUUUUUUUGUGGCAAUUUAUAUAUAUGUUUUUUGAUGAAUGAUGAUUCGCUAUAACUUUUUUAACAAGUUUUACGACUUUUAAAAUAAAAAUAAGAGUAAAUUUUCUAAAUAGUGACUCAUAUUUGAGAAAUUGUCUAAUAAUAUUAUUUUUAUUUUUUUUGAAAUAUAAUAUCCCUCGACUAUUUCUAUUUUCCUCAAAAUAUACUUACACAAUAAAAACGUCUUUCUCUCUCCUAAUGGAUGUCAUGUCACAACCUACAGAAAUUCCACUAGUUUAGAAACUAAUUACUUAGAUACACAUUAGUUUGCAAUAUUACGAAUCUUAUCAAAUUUUGGUGUCCAGAUAUGUUCAGAUUCGCCCAGAUACAUGUAUCUCGAGAUACAUGAGGUCAAAAUUAGGUGUAAUUUAUUUUAGAUUCAUUGUAUUUUAGUGGAUUCACAUGUAUUUGAGAUAUAUAGACAAAUCAUGCUCGCCCCCCCCCCCCCCUCCAUCUCUCCACUCUCUUAUCUCACUUGCAGGGUAUCCAAGAUAAUUAUUAUAAUUUUUUUUUUAAAAAAACAGAAAUACAUUGUUAGAGUUGGUCAUAAUACAUUAGGGAUGCAAACAUAUUUUUUAAAGCUUAAUUUACACAGACUAUAGUAAAGAAAAAGUUAGCUUAAAUAGGUAGAGAAAGGAAGAGAAAAAAAGGCAUUAAUUAAUUGUGUCUCUCUCACACAAAGUAACAACUUUAGAACUAUUCAAAGCUAUUCCAUGAGUCAUUCCUUUUUACAACCCACAUUUCGGAUCUCUUCUUAGACCCAUCUAUCCAUAUUCCAAAGUGUAAAAAAGAAUUAAAAAAAUUAAAAAUUGGGCAGCAUGGGAGGAGUUGAACAUGUUGAGAAAAGCAGUGUAAAGAAACACAUGAUGAGCAAGAAAGGAUUAUCUUCUUCGAUUAUUAGUUACGUGGUUGGAGAGAAGCGACUCCUCUUUCUAUUUGUUGGAAUCGCUGUUUCAGUUUCCGCUUUCAUUGUGUGUAAUCUCUCCCAGCAUACUAUCAACAGUGAUUCGGUUUCCCUUCAUGUGUCAUCAACUCCGAUUCCUCGAAGAAUAACGUAUGAGUUGGUUGAUCAUCAUCAAUCUAACCACAAAGUUAAUGCAGGUGGAAAAGUGCCGUUGGGAUUGAAGAGGAAGAAUUUGAGAGUAUUGGUAACAGGUGGAGCAGGUUUCGUGGGGAGCCAUCUGGUGGACAGGUUGAUAGAGAGAGGGGACAGUGUGAUUGUGGUUGAUAACUUUUUUACGGGUCAGAAACAGAAUCUGUUGCACCAUCUCAACAACCCUAAGUUCGAGUUGGUCAGACAUGAUGUGGUCGAGCCCAUCUUGCUUGAAGUUGAUCACAUUUAUCAUUUGGCUUGUCCUGCUUCUCCUGUUCAUUAUAAAUAUAAUCCCAUCAAGACCAUUAAAACAAAUGUGAUGGGAACAUUGAACAUGUUGGGACUGGCAAAAAGAAUAGGAGCUCGAUUUCUGAUAACUAGCACAAGUGAAGUGUAUGGUGAUCCUUUGCAGCAUCCUCAAGUUGAAACUUACUGGGGCAAUGUUAAUCCCAUUGGUGUCCGGAGUUGUUAUGAUGAAGGAAAGCGAACAGCUGAGACUUUGGCCAUGGAUUACCAUAGAGGACUUAACGUUGAGGUUAGGAUUGCUAGGAUUUUUAACACAUAUGGACCGCGUAUGUGCAUAGAUGAUGGUCGAGUUGUGAGCAAUUUCGUUGCGCAGGCAUUGAGAAAGCAGCCAUUAACUGUUUAUGGAGAUGGGAAGCAAACACGAAGCUUCCAAUAUGUUUCUGAUUUGGUAGAAGGAUUGAUGAGGUUGAUGGAAGGGAAUCAUGUGGGUCCUUUCAAUCUUGGCAACCCCGGUGAAUUUACCAUGCUUGAACUAGCUAAGGUAGUACAAGAAACAAUAGAUCCAAAUGCAAAGAUAGAAUUUAAGCCAAACACAGAAGAUGAUCCCCACAAGAGGAAGCCUGAGAUUUCAAAAGCAAAGCAACUUUUAGGAUGGGAACCAACAGUCUCCCUUCGCCAAGGAUUACCUCGCAUGGUUGAGGACUUCCGGCAACGCAUAUUUGGCGAUGAUAAGCUCGAUUCUGGAUUAUAGUAAAUAGUACUAUACUAGUAUAGGCUUUAUUUUCUUUGACCCAUAAUUUGGUUAUGGAUUAAAAGAAAGAUGACAAGUUGAAGAUGAAUACGACAAUUACACCUAUAUUGACUUUAAUUUUCUUUUUCAUUAAUAAUUGUUUGAGAAUAAGGUUCUUCCGUUAAAAAAAGAAAUAUCGAAUUGGAAGGUAUUUUUGAACUUCGAUGAGCAAUUGAGAAUAUAGUA